AAGACAGAGACAGCGGCAACAAGUUUACCGAAUCGGUUUACCGCAUUAUUUCUCUCCAUUCAAAUAAUUAUUGAUAAGUUUUUACAGCGGUUUUCCCAUCCACAAAUAGAAUGGCACGUAGAUAUGACACCAGAACAACAAUCUUCUCUCCAGAAGGUCGUCUGUACCAAGUGGAGUACGCCAUGGAGGCUAUAAGUCACGCAGGAACUUGUCUAGGUAUCCUAGCGAAUGAUGGCAUCCUCCUGGCAGCUGAGAGGAGGAACACCAACAAACUCCUGGACGAAGUGUUCUUCUCCGAGAAAAUCUACAAACUGAAUGAGGACGUGGUGUGCUCAGUGGCUGGAAUCACAUCCGAUGCCAACGUCUUGACGAAUGAGCUUCGUCUCAUUGGCCAGAGGUACCUUCUGCAGUACGGAGAAACUAUUCCCUGCGAGCAGCUCGUCUCCUGGCUGUGUGAUGUCAAACAGGCGUACACUCAAUUCGGUGGUAAAAGACCAUUCGGUGUAUCCAUCCUGUACAUGGGCUGGGACAGACACUACGGCUAUCAACUGUAUCAGUCUGACCCCAGUGGCAAUUAUGGAGGGUGGAAGGCCACUUGCAUUGGGAAUAAUUCAGCUGCUGCUAUUUCCUCGUUAAAGCAGGAGUACAAGGAGGGAGAGACUACCCUCAAGGAUGCUCAGGCACUUGCCAUCAAGGUUCUCUCUAAGACUCUUGAUAUGACUAAACUCACAGCUGAGAAAGUGGAAAUGGCGACAUUAACUCGAGAGAAUGGCAAAACCAUAACGAGAAUUUUGUCAGCAGCUGAGGUGACAGCCCUGAUAAAAGAGCACGAUAGAUUGGAGGCACUUGCCGAGCAGGCCAAAAAGGACAAGCAGAAAAUUUAGAAUUAGUCACGUAAAAUGUUCACUGUCCUGGAAGACGAGGGGUUCCAAUCGGUAUAUUCAAUAAAGAUAUUUCAUUUUUUUCAACAACUAA